CUGAGCCCCAGUUCGAUAAGAGUUUAUCUGUAGUUUUUACAGAGCAAUUGGCUUUCUAGUUCCACAAAGAAACGAUGGAGUAUUGGAGGCAGUGCGCGCUGUGGCUGAUCAGUUGCAAGGUGCUGCCGCCGAACCACCGGGUCACAUGGGAAACAGCACAGGUAUUCGAUUUGGCCCAAACCCUUCGGGAUGGGGUCCUUUUGUGCCAGCUUCUAAACAACCUGCGACCCAAGUCCAUAAAUCUGAAAGAGAUCAACCUCCGGCCGCAGAUGUCACAGUUCCUCUGCCUGAAGAACAUUCGGACAUUCUUGAAUGCCUGCUGGGAAAUAUUUGGCAUGAAGAAGAAUGAACUGUUCGAGGCGUUUGACCUAUUUGAUGUCCGGGACUUUGGAAAGGUGAUGGACACCUUAUCCAGACUUUCACACACAGAGUUUGCACAACAGGCAGAUAUAAGGCCAUUUCCAACAGAGGAAAGUUUGGGGGAUGAAGAUAUAUACAAUGACCUAGAAGACUUGAUAGAUAAAGAUCUAGUAGAUGACGAGGAGGAGCUGUAUGACAGUGUGUACGACGAUGACGGAGUCUACGACGACCUGAUGAGAACUGAGGCAAUACCCCCACCGCAGAAGCAGACGGAAACUGAUAUCCGAAGCUGCUGUGUGGCAGAGAUUAAACUCACAGAAGAGAAAUAUACAGAGACUCUGGAGUCCAUAGAAAAGUACUUCAUGACUCCUCUCAAGAAGUUCUUAUCACCAGGAGAAAUAGAGAAAGUGUUCAUCAACAUUUCAGACCUGGUCAAAGUGCACAAAAGCUUAAUGCAGGACAUUCAAGACUCUAUUCUCAACAAAGACGCACAGAACCUCUAUCAGAUUUUCAUAACUUAUAAAGAAAGACUACUUAUUUAUGGAGUGUACUGCAGUCACGUCGAAAUAGCCAUUGCUGUAUUGGAUUAUAUCUGCAAAGAGAAGGAGGCUGUACGACUCAAACUGGAAGAAUGUUCAAAAAGAGCAAACAAUGGGAAAUUUACGUUAAGAGAUCUACUUGUUGUUCCAAUGCAGAGAGUCCUGAAAUAUCAUCUUCUUCUACAGGAAUUAGUCAAGCACACCCACAACACCGCUGACAAGAACAAUUUACGGAUGGGCCUAAGCGCCAUGAAGGACCUUGCUCAGUAUGUUAAUGAAGUGAAGAGGGACAAUGAGACCCUGCGGGAGAUCGAUCAGUACCAGAGAUCCAUCGAAAACUUGAAUCACUCUUUACGGGACUACGGAAGACCCAAAGGUGACGGGGAGGUGCGGGUUGCAACGGUCGAUAAACGGGCCAAGCAGGACAGGCACAUAUUCCUCUUUGACAUCGCUGUGAUUGUGUGCAAGAGGCGGGGCGACAACUACGAGAUGAAAGAGGUGAUCGACCUCAACCACUUCAAAAUCACUAACAACCCCACCAUGGACAAAGAAAACAGAAAGUGGUCCUACGGGUUCUACCUCACCCACAACCAGGGGCACACUGGCUUUGAGUUCUUCUUCAAAACCAGGGAGAUGAAGAAGAAAUGGAUGGAGCAGUUCAGCAUGGCUCUAUCCAACAUCCGCCCAGAAAACGCUGAUAACAACUUCCAUCAGUUCAGGAUGCACACUUUUGAGAGGACCGCAUCCUGCAGCUCCUGCCACAUGCUCCUAAGAGGGAUUUUCAACCAGGGAUACAUGUGCGCCAAGUGUGGGGCAGGGGCCCAUAAAGAGUGCCUGGGGAGAUUUGGCAGCUGUGGGAAGUCAAGCCUGGAAUCCGGGACUUCAAAGCUGCAGCAGAAAGGAUUUGUUUCAAAAAGACGGAUUGAUCCAGGCCUGCCGAAGAUGCAGGCGAUCCGUGAGUACUAUGGCAUCCCCGGUCCCCUGAGCGGCCUGCCACUCGCCAUUCAGGAUGGUGACAUCAUCGAGCUCAUCUGCGCUGAUCUGCACUCUUCCUGGUGGCAGGGUAAGAACCUAGCGACGAAAGAAGUUGGCUUUUUUCCCAGCGAUGCAGUGAAGCCUUGCCCAUGUGUCCCGAAGCCUGUCGAUUACUCCACCCAGCGGUGGUUUGCGGGGGCCAUGGAGAGGCCUCAGGCAGAGGCUGAGCUGAUGGACAGGGGAAACAGCACCUACCUUCUCAGGCUGCGGUCCAGGGAAUGCACGGAAUACGCCAUAAGCAUAAAGUUUAACAGUGAGGUGAAGCACAUCAAGAUUUUGACCAAAGAGGGCCAGUUCUACAUUGCAGAGAACAGGAAGUUCAGGAGUAUUUUGGAGCUGGUCGAGUAUUACAAGCAUCAUUCUCUGAAGGAGGGGUUUCGGACCCUGGACACCACCCUGAAGUUUCCUUAUAAGAGCCCGGAAAACACAGAAAUUGGAAUUCAAAGAACCAAUGGGUCGAAUGGGCUGCUGCACGGGCUUUCUUUAGCUUCUCCUGAUGGCUUCAGCUUUGUUCCUCCCUCUUCUGCUCCUUUCUGGUCAGUGUUCACUCCAAAAGUGAUGGGCUUUGCCUUAGCCCGUUACGACUACAGCUCCAGGGAGCUGCGGGAGCUGUCUCUGCUGGAGGGCGAUGUUGUGAAAGUCUACAGCAAGAGUGCAAACGGCUGGUGGAAAGGGGAAGUCGACGGCCGGGUGGGCUGGUUCCCCUCUGCUUACGUGGAAGAGGAGGACUGACCAAGCCCAGGGGCUACCUGACCGUUAUUCCCGUCGAGAGUCAACGCCGCACAGCUUUCGCAAACCAGGGACAGCGAAAUUGAGGGAACCCUCCGGCGGCCUGUACUCACAAAUGACUGAGCAAGCCUGCUCUGUAUUCAUUGACAAUCAUUCCGGAUGAGACCCCAAAAUACAGAUUUGUCUUGUCGCUCAGCCCGACCCACUUGCAGAAGUACAUUCGCCUUUUUUGUUUACGUUUCAACAUGGCCACUCCCAACCCAACCCCCCCAGCCAAGGGUUCUUAGGAUGAGACAGAAUUGGGGGAAAAGCACUUCCUAGGAAAUACAUUUUCUUCCAGGUUUACCUCGCAGACACCUCCCGCUGUCCUGCUCUUCUUGCGUGUCCUACUUACCCGGGUCGUUAUUGAUGGCCUCGCCUGUCCGCUCUGUUCCCCCUCGAACCCGAGGCCGCGGGCUGGAACGUCGCGAGCGAUUUAACACGCAACUGUACCCCCCGGACACACGAGGUCCCCGCAGCCCCGAAUCCGCGGUCCCGGGGCGGGGCGGGGACGAUCGGAGAGGGUCGGUUAGCGGCCGAUCGCCCCUAUCAUCUUCCUCCCCCCUUUCAGCGCAACGGAGUCGAUUCUUCACGGUCGCACUCACCUCUUCCCCGAGAGCCGGGCAAACAGAAAGCCGGUCUGUUUGCCAUCUCGCUCUGUUUAUCUGGUAGCCACAUUAUGUGCGAUGUGACGGUAACAAUGUGCUAGCUGCUGAUAGAAAGCAAACACAAUCAGCCUGACGUCCCCACAAGCAAUAGUACAGCACGCCAAGCACAGUGCCGGCAGCUUGAAAAUAAUGACAUCUUCCCAUUAGGAGGGAAUACCGUUAGCUGUAGCACAGCGCAUCCCUAAUCCUACAACAAAUAGGAUUUGCUCAAAUUUAUUCAGUGCUGUUUGCUAACAGAAAAGUUGUGCGCUAUGGCAUGACUUAAGGUUACACUCACCCCGAGGUGGUAAACCCAGGUUCAGAAAGUGCUGUUAUGUCUUCCCCAGUAUUUUGGCUGCUAUCACCUGGAUUUGCUAAUUAGCACAAUUCUUCAGCCAGGAGGUAGAAUUCAUUAGUGAGUUCUUGGGUGGAAGGAAUACACGGCAGAUUUGUUUUAUUUUCUGACACCUGGAAUUUCCACCUCUGCACUUACCAAUUGAGGUAUUAUUUUCAUAACAAGGAAAAUGUAAAACCCUUCAGUGCAGUAAGACAAGGUGUUCUACUGGCUUUUGAUUGACAGGUGAAUGAACUCAGCUGGGCAGAACUUGAUAUGUUUCCAACCAUUCAAUGUGAAAUUUCCAGGCAGCGAUACAACUCUUGGUAUCCUUUCUGGAGCCACUGGCAGCAGGAGAAAGCUUUAAAACUAAUGCAACUCUUGGACAAAUGUAUUGGAUGCAAAUAGAUGUACAGGUAGACAUACACGAACACACUUAUGAUAGAUAGAUAUACAUUGGGGUCCACAAGUACGAUACCAAUAGUUAAAAUGCUUCUAUUUUGCAUUGUUUUCUAAUUUAAUAUAAACUUUUUCAUUAUGGAUUAUAUUAUCAGCAUAACAAUUUGAGUGAAAAGUUGAAUCUUUACAUGAAUUACAUAAUCUUUGAAUUACAUUAAUUUCAGAAUUUCUUCUUCUUCUUCUUCUUCUUCUGUACUCAAGCAGCCAUGAAGUCCUCAAAUUGGUGCAAGACCUGAUUUCCCAGCAUUAUUUGACAGUGUUCCAAAGAGCAUCUUGUGAUGUUACUGAAUGCUUGGCUUUUGUCAGUCUUCAAGUGCCCCCAUAAAUGCUCAACGGGGUUGAGGUCAGGUGAUUGUGGAUUGUCCAGCACUUCUUGCUCUUCUUUGCUCUUCGAGUAGUUCUUGCAAAGCUUUGAAGUAACUUUCAGUUUAUUUCCAGGAUUACGUGAAACAGCCCUGAUUUUCAAUGUGGUCUCAGACUUUUGGAUCCCACUGUAAAUAAUGAGUAUCUGGUUUAAAAGUUACUUAACUGGUAGCUGUGUAUAAUAUUGAUAGGAUGUAUAAGUUGAUUUGUGGCCAGGUAUUAAGUAUGCUGCCUGAGGGAGAGUACACAGUCUGAGAAUGCAUUGUGGCAUUGGAACAUACUGUACACAGCAGUUCGCUUUUUUGCUCCUAAGGCUAUUUAUUCAGGUUGUGUGGUUUUAGCAGAAUACAUUUAUUUCUUCAGCUCUCAAGGGUUUUCCCGAUUUCUUCUUUUUUUUACAGGUAUUAAAUAUGAAAUAAGCUUCCAGUUUUCCUUGGGAAAUAAUUCCUUUUUUGUUUGUGUGCAUUUGUCUAGAUUGGAUGUUGUUAAAUACGUUUUAGACCCUUCCUGAUGAGGGCAGACCAAGAACCAAAGUGAAAUCAUGUUGCCCAGUCACCAGUUUCCUGUUGUAUUGUUUGUAAUAAAACUUUUUAAUAAUUUAUUAUUUUCUAACAGGACAAAUAGUCCUUAUAAUAAAGCGCAACCCUUGACUUAUGACAUAUCUUGUUCAUGUGUUUUGAUCUGGAGAGAUUGAUGCCAGAGUAAAUAACACCUGAUGGGGAAGGCUAGUGGAUCUCAAUGACGGUGAUAAUGUCCGGUGCCUCUAAUGUGUGUGCAUUGGGUAAAAGGUGUUCUCCUUUCUGAAGGACAGCGCACCAUAGCGUGGUUCUCAUCAUGUGAUUCGCUGCUCAGGACUUUUGGGGGUGGGGUUGGACCGUUCUGAUGUUUACCUGCAGUGGCCAUGGCAGCUGCCAGGAGAGGAGGCUCACCAGGUCUAGGUGGAAAGUGUGGACAGCGUUUGCCUAAUGCGCAUGACCGCUGAAUAUUGUAUGCCGUGAACUGCUUCACUGUUACUGCUCACAUACAUUUUCCCCAAAACAGAUAAAUUCAGAAUUUAAUAAAAAUGUCUCUACUUUCUUGGUGUUUUGCCUCCUGUCAUCUGAUGAGAUGCAGAGACUGCAAUAAAAUAUGGUGCUUCAACAAUAUUAAUAUUCAGUGGUGCUGCAUUUGCAGAGGAAGUUUAAGGUGACAAGACCAAUUGCACUGAAUGUACGCAAUGAGGAACCAUGUUAAACUUUUGCAUUAGAUGUUUUUGUUCAUAACAGUGUAACAUAUUUUCUUAAUAUUUUGCUGGGAGAACAAAAUGUAACUGAUGUUCUUUUAGCUCAAAGGGUUAUCUGUAAUGUUCUGUCACAUAAAAAAAAGGUGAAACUUU